GGAGAUUUGAUUAAGGAGCAAGGAAGUAGCAUUUUCACAGUAAUUUGAGGUCGGUUUGCAGGUAUAUUGUAGAAUUGCAGACUGAUAUUGACUGUUCAAGAUGAAAUGCAAUGCAUGCUGGCAAGAAUUGGAAGGACAGGCCAUUUCAACUACAUGUGGUCACUUAUUAUGCACAGAAGAUGCUGGCAAGAUACUAAGUAACGAUGCAGCAUGUCCCAUUUGUGAUCAAGUUCUCUCUAAGAGUCUUACAAAACCUGUGGAUAUCAACCCAAAUGAUGAAUGGAUAAAUAUGGCAAUGGCUGGAGUAUCUCCACAGAUAUUGAUGAAGAGUGCACACAGAAGUGUGAUGUUCUAUAUUGGGCAAAAGGAACUAGAAAUGCAAUACAAGAUGAACAGAAUUGUAGCUCAAUUUCGGCAGAAAUGUGAGACAAUGCAAGAAAAGUUUUCAGAGAAACUGGAGCAGAUUCACACUGCAUAUCAAAAGACAGCGAAAAGGUGCCAAAUGAUGGAACAGGAGAUUGAACAUCUGUCAAAGGAUAAGCAAGAGCUUCAAGAAAAGUUUGCUGAGAAAUCAAGACGGAAGAGAAAACUUGAAGAAAUGUACGAUCAAUUAAAGAGUGACUACGAGUCAAUGAAUAGAUCAGCCAUUCAACCUGUCAACAAUUUCUUUGGAAGAAAAAAGCCAGAUAUAUUCUCCAAUCCAGCAACUAACUUGAUGAACAGCAGAGAACCUACCAGAAAGGAACUAUCAUUUUUCUCUCCUGGAACUCCAGGGGCUCGAGAAGAUAUAUGGCCAGCAAGACAGAAUAGUUCAAACUCUGGUCACUUCGACAUCUCCAGUGGUUCACCAUUAAAACAAACAACUAUUCCAGUUGAUGUUGGCAACCGAAGAGCUGGUGCUCAAACUGCAUUCGGAGCUGGUGGUAGUAACCCUUCAAUGACUUUAAGGAAUCUGAUAAAGUCUCCAAUAAAGCGACCACAGCUCUCGCGUAACCGUCCUAACACGUUCACGUUAUAGGCUCAAAGAUGAGAAGGCAUUUCAUUAGGUUGACUGGGGAUUGGAUGUAGUUUUCCUCAUAUUGUAGUUCAAGUAAAGGAAAAGGAAAAGGAAAAGGAAAAGGGGCAAAAAUUAAAACAAAAGUAAAUACAUGUCUUAAUCAAGGUAUAGCAGACAAGUACUUCCCUCUGCUGACAUUUAAAAUUUUUUUGAAGGGUUAAGCCGCUGCUGACAUCAAAUAUAUGUAGAAUUAAAUAGAAGCAUUCUUGUUGAAGAGACUCAAAACUUGUUUUUUUCGAUGAAUAAGAGCCUCGAACUUGUAUAUUUGUAGCAUUCAUUAGGGUUUUUUUGUUGAUAACAUAAUAUAUGACAUUUUUUUUU